AAUGACGAAGGGAAGGAGAGUCAGGUUUUCAACCUAACUCGUCCCAAUGUCCUUAAAGAGCCUUGUCGUUUUCUCCCCAAGAGGACAGGCCUGCUUCUUCUCCGUCCGCUCUUCUCCGGCUCUUCGGGGGCCGCUGGCUCAGAGGUUCUGACCCCAGCGGGAAGGCGCAGGGAACCGUAGGCGGUGCCUCUCGAGCCCGGUCUCCUCGGCCCCACAGCUGGCCCGGCGCGCUCAGCGCCCGCCCGGCUGCCGUGCCCAGGCCCCUGCCCCGCCGCCCUCUGCGGGGCCCGCCUCCUGGAGCAGGCCGGCCUAGGUGUCCCGGCGGCUCCCGGGCGCCCCCUGGCCCGGCUCCGGCGCCCGAGGUUUCCGGUGAGCUGCAGUCGCCGGUUAUGACGACUCCCUCCUUCGGAGCAGCUGCCGCCGUCGCCGCCUCCUUCUCUGCAGCCCCGGCUUCCCCGGCUUCAGGUUUGGAGGUUGCUAUGUUAAUGUUGCUUGUCUUUGGAGCAUUGCUUCAUGAGGUACCCCUGAGUGGCCAAGACAAGGCUCCUCCCCAGGCUGAUGGCAUUCUGGGUGCCCCUCUGUUCAACUAUGCCAGCCUCCGCCUGCCGGAAGAGCAUAUUCCCUUCUUUUUGCACAAUAACAGGCACAUUGCCACAGUCUGCAAGAAGGACUCACAUUGUCCUUAUAAGAAAUACUUAGAAAAUUUAAAGUACUGCUGGGGUUAUGAGAAAUCCUGCAAACCACAGUUCAGGUUUGGUUACCCUGUUUGCACCUACGUCGACAUGGGAUGGACGGAUACUCUUGAAUCCGCUGAGGACAUAUUCUGGAAGCAGGCUGACUUUGGAUAUGCUGGAGAGCGGUUGGAGGAACUCCAUGUGCUCUGCCAGGCGGAGGAGAUGAAUGACUCAAGUUUGGUGUGUUCCCGUUACCUUCAGUACUGCAGAGCGACCAAUAUCUACCUUGAUUUGAGAAACAUCAAGAGAAACCAUGACAGAUUUAAGGAAGAUUUUUUCCAGAGUGGGGAAAUUGGAGGACACUGUAAACUUGACAUUCGUACAUUGAUGUCUGAAGGUCAGCGCAAAAGCCCUUUGCAGUCUUGGUUUGCUGAGCUACAAAGCUAUACUCAGCUCAACUUCAGACCUAUAGAAGAUGCUGCGUGUGACAUUGUUAUUGAAAAACCAACCUACUUCAUGAAAUUAGAUGCAGGUGUUAACAUGUAUCACCACUUCUGCGAUUUUGUCAAUCUUUAUAUUACUCAGCACGUUAAUAAUUCCUUCAGCACAGAUGUGUAUGUCGUCAUGUGGGACACUAGCUCCUAUGGAUAUGGUGACCUGUUCUCCGACACAUGGAAAGCAUUUACUGAUUAUGAUGUUAUCCAUUUGAAAACUUAUGAUUCCAAAAGGGUAUGUUUUAAAGAAGCUAUUUUUUCCUUACUUCCUCGGAUGAGAUAUGGGCUGUUCUAUAACACCCCUCUGAUAUCUGGCUGUCAAAAUACUGGAUUAUUCAGGGCAUUUUCCCAGCAUGUAUUACACAGACUGAAUAUCACACAACAGGGUCCCAAGGAUGGAAAAAUUCGAGUCACCAUUCUUGCACGGAGCACAGAAUACCGGAAAAUACUCAACCAAAAUGAGCUUGUUAAUGCACUGAAGACGGUAUCUACCUUUGAGGUCCGGAUUGUCGAUUAUAAGUAUAAAGAACUUGCGUUUUUAGAUCAGCUAAGGAUCACACAUAACACGGACAUAUUUAUUGGAAUGCACGGAGCUGGCCUUACCCACUUACUUUUCCUUCCAGAUUGGGCUGCUGUAUUUGAACUGUACAACUGUGGGGACGAACGCUGUUACUUGGACCUGGCCAGGCUGAGAGGUGUCCACUAUAUCACUUGGCGAAGGCAGAACAAAGUCUUUCCUCAAGAUAAGGGUCACCACCCAACUCUGGGGGAACAUCCAAAAUUUACCAACUACUCUUUUGAUGUAGAAGAAUUUAUGUUCCUUGUCCUUCAGGCUGCAGACCAUGUAUUGCAACACCCAAAGUGGCCUUUUAAGAACAAACAUGAUGAGCUCUAAAUGUGUUGAGUCUUUUUGCCAAAAGGGAGUAUUUAAAUGGUCCCCGACCCCACUCACCUUCCAGUAAAAUCAGUAAACCAGGCUUUUAUUUCCUAGCCCCAAAUUACCUUUUUUUAAAUACCAAAACAUGCCUUCAGGAUAUUACUUAUGUGUUUUAUAGUCUUUAACUGUUUCAUGUGAUUUUUGUGUCAUUACUAUUUAUCAAAAUACUAUUUUUGCACUGAAAACUGUAAUUUGUAUAUAGUUCAGAAAUUGAGCGUGGGCUCAAGAUGUAAUGGAGCCUUCUUAGGGGAUACCAAAGUUGGCAACUUUCUUCACUUUACAAUUUGUAAAUGUUUUUAAUCAAAUAAUCAUGGGAUCAUCAUUCUAGAGGCUUCCAACUUAUUAAUGAUGUAUUUGAUGAUGUAUUUGAGUCAAUUCACACACUCGUAUAUUUGCCAAGGUUUGUUCAUAGCACUGUGUGUAGUAGAAAAGGAAAACAUGCAAACACACACACACACACACACACACACACACACACACACACACGGUUGUGGUUCUCAGUACCAAGCUAUAGGACCUUGUUAUAGAUCAAACAGUAUUAUAAACAUAUCUCUUUUACUCGAUGAGUCCAAACUAACCUCCAUUGAAAUCUCUGCAAUAAUCUUUUUAGUCAAGCCAGGUUAUAUGCAUCAAGAACCUGAAUAAACCAUGCUCUUGCAUUAAUUCAUGUUCACACAUUUCAUAUGCACAUCAUGUUUUCCCCAAAUGUAACAACCACAUAUGAUAAAAACAAAUGAGAAUGUGUUCUUUAGGACCGUUUGAUGUACCUUUUAGCUGGUUCCUUCUUAGCCGUGAAGAGCAUUUAUUAUCUCAAAUAGUGGCUCCAUUGCGCACAUAUUUGUAACUGUAUUUGCCUGUGUGUAUGCGUCUACCUCUUUUAGCGUGGAAGUAUUUUAAUCUUUGAUUUCGCAAAUAUCAAAUUAGCUGCCAGAAGAUUAUUUUUCCCUAUAAAAGACAAAAAAAAAAAGGGUAAGGACACACGUAAAUAAUCUAAUUCAACACAAAAAAGAAGCCAUAGGAAAGUGCCAGUGAUUAAAAUGGCUAUCUGAAAUGCAGUCUCACUCUUUGGAUGGAAAUCAUUUCUUACUGUUUAUGAAAUUUCAAUUUAGUGGUUGGCAACCAUGGAUUUAUUUUACUGCAAAAUAUGAAGUUUACAUUUUAUUAACACUUGAGUAGUCUAAUUUAGAGACUAAUGACUCCUAUUUUUUUAAGUAGAGGACUAACAGUGUACAGCAGAGCUAAUUUUUUUAAUGUAUUUUAAAGUUGUAAAAAAAUGAAAAAGGGAGAAUAUGCAACAGAGAAGUGACACAAAAAACCUAAAAUAUUUAUUAUCUGGAUCUUUACAGAACGUGUUUGCUGACUCUUGCAUUAAAGGAUUAUGAAAAGUCUUCUAGAGUUUAGGAAUCUUUAUUAAAAUACCUGUAAAGGAAAUAGUUACUGUAGUGAUAGCUUUGAUUUGUGAUCUUAAUAUUGUUUAAAAAGAC